UAGUGUCCUUUAUAGAGGUUUGUUCUAACCCCUCCCACAGUAUGCGGUACUCCUGGUGUGACCUGUUGCACCAUGCUGUCAACUGCCACAUCUCUCCUCUCUCCUCCCUCUCCCCGUCUCCCUGCCACUGGGCCGGCUGCAACACCACCCCACUGAGAAUGAAACCCUCCCUCAUACGACAUCUGGAGACCCAUCAUUGUAGUCCAGGUCCCAAGCCCAUUCCACCCUCUGUGGCAGUCACUCUCGCAAAACUGAAACAUUGUCCUCCUCUUGAGAAUGAAGUGGAAUCUCCUCUGACAAAGGCAGUUCGUGUGACAGCUGCUCUGGUUCUCAGAAACCUGUGUCGAAUGGCUCCAUCCACUCACUGUCAGAUAAGGAGACAUGAACACAGACUCAGUGAAGUGGCUCUGUCUGACAGAGAAGCUGCUCACGCCAUUACAGAGUGUCUCACCUAUUUAAACCUCCCUCCUCCUUCUCCUCCCUCCCUCGCUGCUAACCCUCAUGAUAACACUGUCACACAUCAUCAGUUGACUGAAAACUCAUACAGCUCUCCCUGAUGAUUGUAUUAUACAUUUCAUCAGUCUUUCAACCUCAGAGAAAGCUGCAUAAGUUUGUUCAAAGGCGUCUGUAGUUAUUUCUGUGUAUCUUCUAAACUUCCCCAAGUUAUGCAAGCUGGUAUUGGGAGGGUGGUUUUAUCAGCAUGGGACGAUUGUAUAGUGCGACCAAAUGUGGUUCUUUAGCUUACCUGUUAUUGUAACUGUUUAGCCAGGGUUAUCUUGUACAUAUAUAUAGUUAGCUUGGCUGUAGUGGUGCAUGCAUUGCAGGGAGCCUGAAUGCCUUCUGAGAUGGACAGGUCCUUUCUGCUGGUCUUGUGUCUAGUGACACUGUCUAAUGUAGAGCUGGGACAGUCUCAAUGUGAUGUUGUAAGGAUUGCUGCAGCUGUGCAUGAAGUUGUAGGACCAGCUUUGGAGACUAUGCAGAAAGACAUGAAGAAUAUGAAGUCUGACAUGGCAAGCCUCAGUCAAGAGGUUGAGAAACUUGACACUAGACUGAGUUCUCUGAAUGAAUCAAUGAGAGAUGAUUUCGAUGAUGUCAAGACUGAGUUAAAUGGUGUCAGUAACACAACCACUGCAAUGUGUGACAAAAUUGAAAAACACGAGACUGCAAUCAAAUAUGAUUUAAAGGACAUGAAGGAAAAUCUAACACAACAAAUUAGUGGUUGUGGAGGUGUUGGCUGGAGACGUGCCGUCUACCUGGAUAUGACAGACCCCAACACCAACUGUCCCUCUGGCUGGCAGCUCACUGGAUACUCCAAGAGAACAUGUGGCAGAUUUAGUACUGGAUCUAUGACUUGUGACUCAGUCUUCUUCCCUGUCAGUGGAGGACCAUACAGUCAGGUGUGUGGCAGGAUCAGAGCCUACCAGUGGGGAGUGCCGCAUGCCUUCUAUGGGUAUAACAGCGGUGGACAAACUACAGUUGACAGUCCCUAUGUCGAUGGUGUGGCUGUAAUGCAUGGCAGUCCUCGACAACACAUCUGGACAUUUGCAGCUGAACCAUGGGAGAAUGGUGUACAACCAACAGCAACCUAUCACUGUCCAUGUGACAUGAGUGGUAUUAUACCAAUCCCACCAUUUGUUGGAGAAGAUUACUUCUGUGAGUCUGGGUAUGUAUAUGGCAGUGGUGUACCAGCUAACAGCUUCCACUCCAAUGACACUCUCUGGGAUGGUGAAGACUGUCACUCCACCAGUACAUGUUGUUCUUUCCACAAUCCUCCAUAUUUCACCAAAACCCUCAACCAGACAACUAACGAUGACCUUGAGCUGAGAAUGUGUUCAUUUUAUGGGAUAAAUACUGAGAACAUGGCAGUGGAACUGGUUGAAUUGUACGUAAAGUAGGAUACCAAUGACUGAAAAUCAUGGUUGCUUAGUUAGUUAUGUAAACUAGCAGUCUGUCUGUGUGCGAAUUUAGUUUCGUGUGCACAUGCGCAUAGCUU